CACUUCCGGGCAGAGGAGCCCGCGGAAGGAGGAAGUGUGUGUCAGGGUGGCUGCGAAGCCGGGCUGAGGUGUUCCUGGCUGGCACCCCGCAAUUCUUCCGGGUCUAUGCGUGGGGACACGGAGGUGGCCGGCGAGAACCAGCGGGGGAGGAAGACAUGAGGCGGCCGUGGGGUCUGGCGGGGUCUGGAGGUUGACUGCCCCUGCCGCCUUCCCAAGAGGCCGCCUCCUCCAGGCAGCCAGCCACCCGUCUCCCUCAGGGUCUCACGCCCCACCGUCGUCCCGGCGCCUUGAACUGGGUGGGGCUCCCGGGCCUCUAGACCCCGCGCUAUGACUGCGGCCGCCGCCUCCAACUGGGGGCUGAUCACGAACAUAGUGAACAGCAUAGUAGGGGUCAGUGUCCUCACCAUGCCCUUCUGCUUCAAACAGUGUGGCAUUGUCCUGGGGGCCUUGCUCUUGGCCUUCUGUUCUUGGAUGACACACCAGUCCUGCAUGUUCCUGGUGAAAGCUGCCAGCCUGAGCAAGCGGAGGACUUACGCUGGCCUGGCAUUGCACGCCUACGGGAAAGCAGGGAAGAUGCUGGUGGAGACCAGCAUGAUUGGGCUGAUGCUGGGAACAUGCAUUGCCUUCUACGUUGUGAUUGGCGACCUGGGGUCCAACUUCUUUGCUCGGCUGUUUGGGUUUCAGGUCACGGGCACCUUCCGCAUGCUGCUGCUCUUCGCGGUGUCCCUGUGCAUUGUGCUCCCGCUCAGCCUGCAGAGGAACAUGAUGGCCUCCAUCCAGUCCUUCAGCGCCAUGGCCCUCAUCUUCUACACCGUGUUCAUGUUCGUGAUCGUGCUCUCCUCCUUCAAGCACGGCCUCUUUGGUGGGCAGUGGCUGCAGAGGGUCAGCUAUGUUCGCUGGGAAGGCGUCUUCCGCUGCAUCCCCAUCUUUGGCAUGUCCUUUGCCUGCCAGUCCCAGGUCCUGCCCACGUACGACAGCCUGGAUGAGCCAUCAGUGAAAACCAUGAGCUCCAUCUUUGCCUCCUCCCUCAACGUGGUCACCACCUUCUACGUCAUGGUGGGCUUCUUCGGCUACGUGAGCUUCACCGAGGCCACUGAGGGCAAUGUGCUCAUGCAUUUCCCCUCCAACCUGGUGACAGAGAUGAUCCGUGUGGGCUUCAUGAUGUCCGUGGCCGUGGGCUUCCCCAUGAUGAUCCUGCCGUGCAGACAGGCCUUGAAUACUCUGCUCUUCGAGCAGCAGCAAAAAGACGGGACCUUUGCCGCUGGAGGCUACAUGCCGCCCCUGCGGUUUAAAGCCCUCACCCUCUCGGUUGUGUUCGGAACCAUGGUCGGUGGAAUGAUGAUCCCAAACGUGGAGACGAUCCUGGGCCUCACAGGCGCCACCAUGGGAAGCCUCAUCUGCUUCAUCUGCCCGACGCUGAUCUACAAGAAGAUCCACAAGAACUCACUUUCCUCCCAGGUGGUGCUCUGGGUCGGCCUGGGCAUCCUAGUGAUCAGCACGCACACCACCCUGUCCGUGAGCCAGGAGACCCCCAUGGACUUGGCAAAGGAGGCCGAGGGUGGCAGGCUUGAAGAGGCCGAGGGCGCAGUGAAGGUAGAAGCGGCCCAGCUCCCAGGUACGUGGCUCCCAGGCCAGAAUCCAAUUGUGGACGUGGCUGAGGACGGCCGAGAUAAGCCGAAGCUGCCAAAUGAGAAAGAUGAGAUGGAGCAAGCCCAGAUUAAGGGCCCCGUGAAUGUGCCCCCAAGGGAAGACGCCAAGGAGAAGCAGGAGGCAGCACAGCUGGAUCGCCCCGGUCAAGGAGUUGCGGUACCUCUGGGCGAGGCCCACCGUCACGAACCCCCUGUGCCUCAUGACGAGGUGGUAGUGGAUGAAGGUCAAGACCAAGAAGGACUGGAGAAGGAGCGGCCAUCCAAACACAUGGAUGAAAGGGCCCUGGGGGGCAAGGGUCAAAUGGUACCACCCCUGCUGGAUUCAGGACGAGAGAGACCCAGACAGGACCAGGCUUUGGAGGCAGCGGGCAGUCUUCCCAAAGAUUCUCAGAAGGUUCCAGAAGAAAAUGGUCAGCCAGCCAUUGAGCCUGUGAAGGAGGACCUGGGGCUGGGCGACAGGGGCGUGCAUCAAGGGCCCCAGGCAGUGCUCCCCGAGGGGCAGGACGUCCCAGUGGCAGGCGCAGGGGCCAGAGCAGAUGGUGCCUUGCUGCCUGGCCAUGCCGUGGGGGCCAUGGGCAAGCCGGAGGAGAAGAAAGAGCCUGGUGGGAAGGCUCCCCUCCUGGAGGAGAAGCCAGGCCCGGGGGCAGCGCCGCAGGCAGAGCCUCGAGAGCAGAGGACCGAGGAGGGACAGGGCGGGGAGCACGCUGGCAGCAAGCUGGAGGAAGCCGGCCGGGCGGAGAUGCUGGACCACGCCGUACUAUUACAAGUGAUCAAGGAACAGCAGGUGCAGCAGAAGCGCCUCCUGGACCAGCAGGAGAAGCUGCUCGCGGUGAUCGAAGAGCAGCAUAAGGAGAUCCACCAGCAGAGGCAGGACGGCCAGGAAGGCGAGGACGUGGACGUGCAGCCUGAGCUGGGGGUGGCCGCACCCAGAGGUAAGGAGCAGGAGGUCCAUGAUGCGGGGAUGGCGGAGCGUCCCCCGCCGCAGCCUGUGGAAGUCCUGCCCGGCGCUCCUGGGCGUCCCGCCGCUCCUCCCCAGGGGCACAGCCAGCGCUCCGUGGAGGAACCUGAGGGAGCAGCGGGCAGAGCCCCAGCUGCACCUCCCGGCGGUGCUGACUCGCAGCCCUGGGCAGCUCUGGCUGAGCCAAGGGAAGGCCGGCAGGGCGCUGUGCCUGAGGCUAAGGGUGCGGGCGUGCAAGAGCGGCUCCCUGUGCUGGAGCCUGCCAGGGUGCCCGGGAGCCCAGAGCAGCAUGGGGCUGGGGAUGUCCCCGGGCAGAGUCGGGAUGUUUUUGGUGGAGGCGCCCAUGAGAAGAAGAAACCUGGGAAGGAGGCAGCAGCUGCUGGUGCGGACACUCAGGAGGCAGAUGUGCUGGGGGUGGGGGCAGCGAUUGGGGCCCCUCAGGUAAAGUCCCAGCAAGUGAGCCGAGACCGGGCACCUGGAGGCAGGUUGGGGGUAGCCGCCCCCCAGGCCCAGGUUGUGUUACAUCAGCCAGAACACCGGGCCGACCCUGCUGGAGGACAGGGCGGGCAGCAGGGUGGUCAUUUGGAGAUGAGGAAGGAGGCCCCUGGCAGGGAGCACAUGCCUGCUCCCUGGGAGAACACCGCUGGCCAGGAGCCUGAGCAGAGGCCAGACCCUGAGCUCGGGCCCAAACCCGCCAUACCUGGAGAUCAGAAGCCGGACAACGCCAAACCCAACCGGGACUUGAAAGUCCAGGCCGGCUCCGACCUUCGGAGGAGACGGCGGGAUGUAGCUCCUCUGGCAGACGCAGGGCUGGCCCCGAAGGACGGGGUCAUCAUCAGCUUCAACUCACUGCCCGACGUGCAGGUCAAUGACCUCCGCAGUGCCCUGGAGACCCAGCUGCACCAGGCCGCUGGGGGCGCCCUGCGGGUGGUCCCUGGCCGCCAGAUCAAACAGCUGCCUGGGGCCCUGGAGGAGCCCUGAGCCCCACUAAGGCCAGGGUGCUCCGGUCAGCUGGUGAACCUGGACCACGGUGGGUGCCAAGCCCCAGAAGUCAGGCCCAGGGUGGAGUGAUGGUUCUGCAGCUGUGGCCACUUCCAGGCUGACUCAUGAUUCAGCUCCUUUCCUGCAGCCUUGAGGAGAAACAGCCACUCCCUGAGACCAGGAAACGCGACUUGCCACCUCUGUGGCUGUGGGAGCCACUGGGGUUCAGGUGGCGAUGUUGGGGCUCUGAGUGCUGACUGCAGCCCUGGCUCCCCGGCUGCCAUGAGAGACAGGUGUUACCCCAAACUUUAAUUCCUUAUUGAUGUUCUCUGUGACUGUCAGUACAAAGCCUGAGUAAAUGCUUCUGCCUUCACCCCGUCUCACAGCAAAUGCUGCGUCAAGACUGAGAGGCUGGACAGGCCUGUGGGUCCAGCCGCCUCCGCCCUGGUGCUCUGCUCUGCAUACUUCGGUCUCCCAAUUGAGUGGUUGUGAGAUUUAAAAAGUAAAACAGACCACUGCUGUCUGGUUGGUGCCGAGGUGAAUCACCCAAAGGCUCCCAUGCCACAGACCAAAACCGUGACCAUGAAACCUGGGUUCGAGGCCCAGUGGGGAGGGGUGCACGGCCUCACUUCUCACCGCUUCUCACUUCUUCCAGGGCAGCAUCUCCCCUGGGUUUGCACCCAUGGGAGUCAUCUUUUGGGAGGGCUUUUGUGGUGUUUUUUGUUGUACUUUGUUUUAAGGUGCAGAAAGGCCAGUGGUCACCCCCGAGCCGGGCUGGUCAGCAGGUGACCUGACAUGCUGGGCUGUGCCCUCAAGAGCCUGGGGCCUUCAUCUGCUUUGUGCUUUGGGCUGUAUGUGCCUCGUUCCCCUCUGGGGGCAGGGGCCGCUCCAGACCCUGCCCCAAGGGGUCCAUGGUGGGGAGCCACUCACUGAUCGCUAGCCAGGGCUGCCCAGGCCACGUGACAGCUUCAGCCUUGGUCUUGGCUCACCUCUCCCCUGUGCCUUUUGAAAUGGUUUUAUCGUUGACUGUGAUUUCUAUGUUAUCUUGAAGCCUCAAAAUGAAUAAUAAAAGGAGUGGAAUCCUC